AGUAAUUGUGAGACAAACAAUUAUGUUGCAGAUCUAUGUUACUUGUGGUGUAUGGAGAUCUUUUGCUAAUAAAGAGUGGAAAUUUAUUGUUGAUGAAGAAAAAUGUGCAAGAUUACUCACCUUGCAAUCUACAACAACUCUUGAAGACCUAUUGAUGAUGGUCUCUGAAGACUACAAAAUAGAACCGGCUACAGUUGAUGUGGAAUUCACUUAUUUACCUACAGAUUUCGGUGUUGAUUCUCCUCCUGUUCUUAUGACGAAUGACCGACAACUGAAAAAUUUUGUCGACUAUUAUAAAAGGAACAGUUUGAUACGGUUGUGUGUGACAUUUAAAGUUAAAGGCGAUAAUCAAAGGAAUAUAGUGGAUACCGAAUUGGAUGAGGAGCCAAGUGAUUCGAUUGAAAGAGAUGAUGAUCGUAACGUGCGUAAAAAAUCUGCAGUAUUGGUUGUUGAGGAUACGCCUAAUGUUGGUAGAGUUUGUGAUAAGGUUGAAUCUAUAUUGGCAGAUUCCAUUGUAAAGAAUGGGAAACAUUUCAGAAGCAAGGAAGCUUUACAGGCAACUCUAGAAAUAUGUGCGAUGAAGUAUAACUUCGACUACAGAGUUACUAAAUCUGAUCCGACAUUUUGGUGUAUUCGUUGUGUGGACAAAGUUUGCAAAUGGAGGCUUCGUGCAGAAUGUUUGAAGGGAUCUACAUAUUUCAAAAUCAAUAAGUAUGUUGCUAAACAUAAUUGUGCUCCUUCGAAGAAAAGCAAAGUCUCUAGAACCCCUUCAGCAAGAACAAUUGGACAGCUCAUUAUGCAUAGAUACGAGGGUGUGAAGGAAGGGCCUAAACCCAAUGAUAUCAUUAAUAUUUUGCGUACAGAAUAUGGAUGUGAGCUAUCUUAUUCCCAAGCUUGGGAGUCUCGUGAGUAUGCAGUUAACGAAGUUAGAGGGAUACCUGAGAAAAGUUAUGGAAGGGGUUUGGUCGGUAUGGUUGCCAAAGCGUCAAAAGCGUAUAGGGUUGCUGAAUUUGAGCGUUUAUUCAAGCAAAUUAGCAACAUUAGUCCAGCGAUUGGAGUAUACCUACAAGAUGCAGGUGUGGAAAAAUGGGCUCGGUGUCAUUUUCCUGGAUACAGGUACGACAUUAGAACCACAAACCCUGCUGAGUCAAUAAAUUCAGCGUUGAGAUCGCCUAGAGAAUAUCCAAUAAUUCCUUUGUUAGACAGCAUUAGAGAAAUGUUGACACGAUGGUUUUAUGAGCGUAGAGCUUUAAGUGCAAAGCAGACAGACCCUUUAACUGUGGAAGUGGAGAAAAAGAUUGAUGGUAGGAUAGAAAAAGGCAAAACACUGAAAGUUUAUCCGGUUACUGAAUACAUAUUUCAGCUUAAAGGUGAGUCGUCUGACUACGUCGUUGACUUGGAAAGUAAAACAUGUUCAUGUGGAAAGUUUCAGUUAGGAAAAAUUCCGUGUCGUCAUGCCAUAAAAGCAGCUCUUGUGAUCGAUGAAUGGCGUGUCCCAGAAAAUGUCGAAAAUGCUAAAGUCCUACCACCUGAAUCACGGAGAGGCCCUGGUCGACGAAGAAAACGAAGAUACGAAACUGUGGAAGACAAGAUACGAUCGUCACAAGGAUCACAAGGGUCUAAGAGGCAUAGGUGUAGUCGUUGUGGUCAAGAAGGACACAACCGAUCGACGUGUGAUACUACAAUAUAAUAACGGUUUGUUCCACAAUCCUUAUUCUCACAUGAAGUAUUGUUAAUUGGUAUUUCAUUAUCAUUUUAUUUAUUGUGUGAUUUUUUUUUUCUUUUUCAGGAUUGUUUUUCAUGUAUGAUCGUUGGGACGAGAAGACAAUUUUUUCUUCUUUACUCUUUUUAUUUUAUAAACUCAAUACGUUCUG